AUGGCUGCCAGGUACAUUGAAAUUGAUAAUUCUUCCAACUCUGUUAACGAAGAAACUAUCACUAUUCGAAUAACAGGAAGGGAGAAAACUAUAAUAUCAAUUUCAAAUUAUAAACCGAUUUCCAUAAUUGAUGAAUUUAUGGAUAACAAAGGUUAUCGAUUUGUUUACAAUGGCAUGAUACUUAACCCUGCUCUCUCAUUUGCGUUUUACAAAAUCAAAAAUAAUUCGUUGAUAUUUGCUGUGAAAGGCAAGGAAUCAAAUCUCGAUACUGAAAAGAAGUCAAAUUCGCAGAUAGAUAAAACCCACCAACUAAAAGACUAUUUCCAGAGAAAUUGGGCUCAUCAUUUUGCAAAUCCAGAGCAAGCAUUCGAGAAUUCUCAAAAUCCAUCUAUUGUUAAAGAGGCAUUGCGAAUCCAUGACUUAUCUUUAGAAAGAAAAGAAUCAUCAAUCUCUGAAUUUAGGAAACUAACUUCACAUUUUCGAGAAGAGACAAGGAUAAAUGAAAAUAGAAUUAAGAGCCGAUAUCAAGCCGCUGAUUAG